CCUCAUCCUGCAAAGACACACAUUUUGAUAUCUCCAAAAUUUUAAAAAACUUGACUUCGCUGAAAUAAUUAUUUACUUCCUCACAUUUUAAUCAAGUACGACAAGUAAAGGAGCACGGAUCAGUGAUAUUAAAGCAUAAAAUACACACAAAAUCUAAAACCACAGAUUCAUUCUCAUCGUUUUGAAACGUUGUAAAAGGCACUCAUUCUUCAAAAUGCCGAACGCUGGGGACUCUAGUGUUAAAAAUCGCUAUAAGAAGUUGCAGUCAAGUUUUCCACAGAUUGGAAGGAGUUCUGCAAAUUUUAACUCUAAAAAAGUACGUGGUAACGCCAACAAUGUCAUCUCGAAAGUUGUCAGGAAUCCGUUGAUUCUCGACGCCAUUUUCGCCCACCUCGACCUCCCCGACCUGAAAACGGCUCGCCUCGUCUGCCAUGAGUGGAACGACAUCGCUUCCCCCUUACUAGGAAGACAGGCUGCUCUCCAGGCGACCCCACUUUUUUCCUCCAAUUCGUCCCACGUGUUCCCCGUCAACCCCAAACUGAAGCGAACUCUCGUCAUCUCAGACCAAUUCCAUCCGUCCAUUCCGCCCCACAUGAAGACCGAAAUUAUUACCAAAGCUGUCACCCAAGUGUCUCAAUUAACUCGUGAAAUUAAGUUUGUCGCCAAUCGAAUGGAAUUUGUGGCCCCUUUCCUCCAAGGAAUUCGGAUGUUGGGGUCGUCGCCAAAAAUUCAAAAAAUCAGCAUCUUCAGUGAGCCGGAUUAUUAUGACCCCAACACAAUAACUCCGGUCGAGGCUUAUCAAAAACUCCCGCCGCAGGAUAACCUGACCACCCUCGAGUUCAAUACCCUUCUAGACUUUCGAAUCCACGGGUGGGAGGAGUUGCAACCCCUGCUCCAAAUUUGGAUCGAUGCUGCCCCCAAUUUGACCACGCUGGACAUCGCAGCGUCUCUCUAUCCCAAUUUGGAGGGGUGUAGAAACCUUAAAGUGUUGAAAUUUAGAUUUUUAACGCGUUAUGUGCACGUCAAUUUGGGCAAGGUGGUCAAGAUGCUGGGACAGGUGAAGGAUUCGUUAGUGGAACUGGAGUUGUCUGUCGCUCCGGAGAAUUCUGGAGUAAUGAAGAAGCUCCAACUUGACAAGAAGAUGGUUCCCGUCAUGUCGAAACUAACCACACUUUCCAUCCAAGCCAUAAAUGUGUACCGAAUUCUUGACUUUUUUGAUGAGGACCACUUCCCAAAAUUAAGAACCCUCUCGAUUCAGCCAGGAAUAGGGAAGUCGUCCUUGAUAACGCAUCUAAACUUGUGGGAGCCCCACAGAGGAGUCCAAUCUCUCGCGGUGACGAUUGAUUCCUGGGAAGAGGAGGAAUUGGAGGAAGAAAUGAUCCAGAUAUUUCCCACCGUUAAGGAAUUCAAUUUGACUCUGAAACAAAUAAGUUCUUCUCCUAUCAGUCGGAGUAUGGAAUCCUUCAAAAUCUGGGAUUUGGAUCGGGUCAACGUUAUCGUCGAUGGGGUGAGGCCCUCCUCCGAGUUGAUUGAAGGUCUGGAAGCUGCUAUGUCCCGUUUGAGAGGAGAGAAAAUAAUCCAGUUCAAAUAAUCAUUUACAUACGUUUCGGAGGAUAACUUUUCUCCCCACUUUCACGAUCUCAUACAUACAGUAAAGGAUUUAAACGCACAGAAAUCUCUCGUGAAACGUGGUACCGGAAAUUAUGGGACAAUAUAAAUGCGACCCAUUUUGGAAGCCAGAUGUGCACCCCUUCAUUUCAGUGGAGGCGUAAACAACCAAGUCAUUAAUAUUUAGUUAAAUAAUACUGAACAGACUCUUGCCGAUAAACUUUCCUGUCUCAAAUCGUGUCGGAUUAAAUAAUUGCGACUUUUUCAUAAUUUCUUCGUUUUUUAUAUUAUUUUUACGAUUUUUUUUUUCUUUAAGGUUAGGGAAUUUUAAUGUUAGACUCCUUAGUAGUCAGCUUUUCCUACAUGUAAGAUAUGUCAUAAGAUAUCGUGUGAAAUUAUAUGUAAUAUUAUUAAUAAAUUAACUGCGACAAA